GCUACCAGCUCAUUCUAAUAUUAUAGUUGUCUGGAAUUCCAAUAUCCUAAUGCACUGCGGUUCUCAUUGUUAUGGGUUUGUCUCCAAGAGGCUGAUGGGCUGGGGCUCCUACACGGGAGGAUUCCAAGGGCUGAGAGCUUUCGCCCCUGAGGCUUCCCGGCAUUUCUCUCUUGCCCAGGUGCCCGGGGCCUGGAUGGAGAACACUUCUCUCCGCUACGAGUAUGGGGACUACAGCGAGAUUCCGGAUCUCCCCGUGGACUGUGCUGAUGGCACCUGCGUCUCCGUCGACCCCCUCCGCACGGCCCCGCUCCUGCUGUAUGCUGCCGUCUUUCUGGUGGGAGUGCCGGGCAAUGCCACGGUGGCCUGGGUGACGAGGAAAGAGGCCCGCCAGCGGGUGGGUGCCCUUUGGUUCCUCCACCUGGCCGUGGCGGACCUGCUGUGCUGUUUGUCUCUCCCCGUCCUGGCAGUGCCCAUCGCCCACGGGGGCCACUGGCCCUACGGGGCCGUGGGCUGUCGGGCGCUGCCCUCUGUCAUCCUGCUGUCCAUGUACGCCAGCGUCCUCCUUUUGGCUGCCCUCAGCGCCGACCUCUGCCUGCUGGCCCUCAGGCCUGCCCAGUGGCCUACAGCUGGGCGUGCAUGCCGGGUGCAGGGGGCCUGUGGGGCAGCCUGGACACUGGCCCUGCUGCUCACUGUGCCCUCGGCCGUCUACCGCCGGCUGCACCAGGAGCAUUUCCCACAGCGGCUGGAGUGUGUGGUGGACUACGGUGGCUCGGCCAUAGCUGAAAACACAGUGUCUGCCACCCGGUUUAUUUUUGGCUUCCUAGGGCCGCUGGUGGUCGUGGCCAGCUGCUACAGUGCCCUCCUUUGCCACGCGGCCCGAGGCUGCUGGCCACUGGGCACAGCCGUUGUGGUGGGGUUUUUUGUCUGCUGGGCCCCCUACCACACACUGGGGCUGGUACUUACCGUAGCCUCACCACACUCCAUGCUCUUGGCCAGGGCCCUGAAGGCUGAACCCCUGGUCGUGGGCCUUGCCCUUGCUCACAGCUGCCUCAAUCCCAUGCUCUUCCUGUAUUUUGGGAGGACUCGGCUCCGCCAGUCCCUGCCAGCUGCGUGUCGCUGGGCCCUGAAGGAGUCGCAGAGCAAUGAUGAGAGUGUGGUCAGCAAGAAGUCCACCAGCCAUGACCUGGUCUCGGAGAUGGAGGUGUAAGCUAGAGGGAAACUGGUUUGUAUCUUCCUAUCCCAUUUCACAAAUAUGGAUGGCUUCAGGCACAGCUGGAUCCAGCAGUUCAGUGAUAUCAUCAUUUAUUCCUUUAUUCAUUCAACAAACAUUCAUUAUGCACCUGCUGUGGGCAAGGGCACUGGGGAUGUAGCAGUGGCCAAAAGAGACAUAAAUCCUUUCCCUGAGGCAGCUGAAAGUCUAAUGGAGGAAGACACAAUAAGCAAAGAAAUAAAGAAAUAUGAAAAA